AAAUUUCUUAGUGAAUAGGAAAAAAGGAAAAAUAAAUAGGAAAAAAAUAUACUUGUAAGAUUUUUGAUUAAUCGAAUUAGUAUAACUGAUUUAUUUUACAAAAUCAAAGAAAAAAUUGUAGUUUGCAAUAUAUAAAAAUUUAUAUAUAUAAACAAAGGAUAGUGCACAAACUAAACUAAAAGAAUUGAGAUUUCUCUGAUUAAAUUUAAUACAAGAACUCAGCAAGGAAGAUGAAAAUUCUGGGCGUAAAAUUUGCACCAUUAAAUGUACCUCUGGAAAGAAGAUUGCAGACAUUGGCUGUAGCGAUAUGGACCUUUGUCAUCGUUUUCGGUGAUUUUUUGGGAUAUAUUAUCAUGAUUUAUCUACUAUUCUACACAAAAUUGAUACGCUACUUUAUGGUACUGUAUUUAUUUUGGAUGUAUUAUGAUUGGGACACUUACAAUCAUGGCGGUAGAAGUGACUUGUGGACAAGAGCGGUGAAAAACAACGUAUUUUGGCGUUAUUUUUGCAAUUAUUUUCCGAUAAAAUUGGUGAAGACAGUUGAUCUAGAUCCCAAAAAAUCUUAUUUAUUUAUUUGUAUACCUCAUGGUAUUUUAUCUAUAGGAGUGAUAGGUUCAUUCUCAACAGACGUAUUAAACUGCAAAAAUAUAUUUCCUGGACUAAAAAUGAACGUAAUCACGCUUGAUCAACAUUUUAAAACACCUCUAAUCAGAGAAUAUUUUUAUUCUACCGGUUUUUGCGCUUCUAACGCGAGAAGUAUAACGUAUUUACUAUCGACACCACCAAAAAGCCCGUAUACGGGAAGAGCUACGAUUCUCAUCGCUGGUGGUGUUUCCGAAUCGAUGGAAUCGGUGCCAAAUACUUAUCGUACUAAUAAAAAAAGGAAGGGUUUCGUGAAAUUAGCAUUAAAAUACGGCACAUCAUUAGUUCCUGUUUUAUCUUUUGGUGAAACGGACUUAUACAAUCAGUUAUAUCAUCCAAAAGGAUCGACUUUCAGACGAAUACAGAACUACAUUCGCAGUUUUAUUGGAUUAGCACCCGUCAUUUUCUCAGGCAGAGGAUUUUUUCAGUAUUCCUUUGGUCUUAUUCCGAAGCGAGUACCUAUUACUGUAGUCGUUGGUAGUCCUAUUAAGCUGCCGAAAAUAGCAGAACCCACGGGACAGCAAAUUGAUGAAUAUCAUAAAAAAUUUCUGAAAUGUUUAGUUGAACUCUUUGAAACACAAAAAUACAAUUAUAUAAAAAAUGCAGAAAAAGUUUCUCUGGAAUUGAAUAUAGAAACGAGAGUCUGUGGCCUGGCGCUAUACCAAAAAGAAAAGUGCAAUCCGAAAUUCUGCAUUUGCCCGAGACAGUUGUGGCAAUCUACAGAAUUUGACAUAAAAAAUUUUGUAAGAAACAUGGAAAUUUUGGGCGUGAAAUUUGCACCGUUAAAUGUACCUUUGCAAAGAAGACUGCAGACAUUGGCCGCCGCGAUAUGGAUUUUUGUUUCCGCUUUCGGUGAUAUUUGGGGAUACCUAAUCACGGCCUAUCUUCUACUCUACACCGAAACAAUACGUUAUUUCCUGCUAUUAUAUUUUCUCUGGAUGUACUAUGAUUGGGAUACAUGUCAUUCUGGUGGUCGAAGUGAAAUAUGGACAAGAGCGACAAGAAACAAUGCAUUUUGGCGUUAUUUUUGCGAUUAUUUUCCGAUAAAAUUAGUAAAGACGGUUGAUCUAGAUCCCAAAAAAUCUUAUUUAUUUAUUUGUGUACCUCAUGGUGUUUUAUCGGUGGGGGUAAUGGGUUCAUUCGCAACAGAUGCAUUGAAUUGCAAGAAACUAUUUCCCGGACUGGAAAUACGCCCAAUUACGCUCGAUCAGCACUUUAAAAUACCUUUAUUCAGAGAAUAUGCUUAUUCUAUGGGUUCCUGUGCUUCUAGCAAAAGAAGUAUUAAAUACUUAUUAUCAGCACCUCCAGAAAGUCCCAAUACUGGAAGGGCUACUGUUCUCAUCGUCGGAGGUGCUUCCGAAUCAAUGGAAUCGACACCGGGCACUUAUCGUAUUGUUGUAAAAAGAAGAAAGGGUUUUGUGAAAUUAGCAUUAAAACACGGUGCGCCGUUGGUUCCUGUGUUUUCUUUUGGCGAAACGGAUUUAUUUAAUCAAAUAUAUCGUCCAGAAGGAUCGACUUUUAGGCGAAUACAGAACUAUAUUCGCAAUUUAAUUGGAUUAGCACCCAUCGUUUUUUCGGGUAGAGGAUUCUUUCAGUAUUCGUUUGGUCUUAUUCCGAAGCGGUUACCUGUUACUGUAGUCGUUGGAAAUCCUAUUGAAUUGCCGAAAAUAGAGGAACCUACGACUGAACAGAUCAACGAAUAUCACGAAAAAUUUACAAAAGGUUUAAUCGAUCUCUUUGAAACACAAAAGCACAAUUAUUUAAACAAUGCCGAAAAUAUUACUCUCGAACUAUAAUCGAUUAAAUGAUACAAUAUAAAAUAUAAAUUUAUUAUUUUUUUGAAAUAUUUUUAUUAAAAAGAUUAUUACUUUCUUAAAGAUACAGAAAGAUUUCA